AUGAUAGAAAUACUGAGUUCUAUAUUUGUAGUAUUUACAUUUUUAAUGGCAGCAAUACUAGCACAUGUGAUUUCAGGCAAAAGAAAAGCCAAGUUAAUCAUUGGUGAAAAAAAUUACCUGAACAACAAAUAUAAAAUAAAUUUAGAUAUGAUAAUAGAAAAAAUGAAAAAUAAGAAUGUCAUAAAUAUAGAUGAUAUAAAUGAUGAGGAAUUGCUAGCAAUUUUAUUCACAGCUAAGAAGUUUGAAUCCAUACUAAAGAAUAAUGAAAAUUCUAGAUAUUUAGAUAAUAAAGUUUUUUGUAGUAUAUUUCUUGAACCUAGUACAAGAACUAGAUGCUCCUUCGAUUCUGCAAUUUUAAGAUUGGGUUCGAAAGUAAUAAAUAUAACUGAUAUGAAUUCUACAUCUUUUUAUAAAGGGGAAACUGUGCAAGAUGCUUUUACGAUUUUGUCAAAAUAUGUGGACGGUAUAAUCUAUAGGGAUCCAUCAAAUAAUAAUGUAGAUCUUGCUGUUGCAUCAUCAAAGAAACCAAUAAUUAAUGCAGGGAAUGGAACAGGGGAACAUCCAACUCAGUCACUUUUAGACUUUUAUACAAUAUAUAAUUUUUUUCCAUUUAUUUUGGAAAGAGAUAAAAACCAAAAAAUUAAUAUUGCGUUUGUGGGUGAUUUAAAAAAUGGAAGAACUGUUCAUUCACUUAGUAAAUUACUUAGUAGAUAUAAUGUUAACUUUAAUUUUGUAUCAUGUAAAUCUUUAGAUAUUCCUGAAUAUAUAACGCAUAUUAUAAUCAAUAAUUUAAAAAGAAACAAUUUUUAUAAUGAAAAUUCUAUAAAAAAAUAUGAUAAUUUGGAAAAUGGUUUAAAAGAUGCACACGUCAUAUAUAUGACAAGAAUACAAAAAGAAAGGUUUUCUGAUUUACAAGAAUAUAACAAUUAUAAAGAUGCUUUCAUUUUAGACAAUAAUGUUCUGAAGAACAUAAGAGAAGAUGCAAAGAUACUUCAUCCGCUUCCAAGAGUUAACGAAAUAAAAGUAGAAGUUGAUGAAAAUCCCAAAAGUGUGUAUUUUUUACAGGCAGAGAAUGGUUUAUAUGUACGAAUGGCUCUGUUGUACCUUAUCUUUUCAUGA